AUAAGCUUCUAUUUAAGUAUGUUUUAAAUCCUUUGCAAGCAUUGCAUUUUCAAUGGUAAACUUCAGACUGACCAUCUAUUAAUUUGUCAUGUAGAGCUUUGCUUACAAAGUAUUUUACAGGAAAAUGCCUAGGGCUAAAGCUGGUGCCAAGAGAAAGAGUACAGAGGUUUCAAACAGUACUACAGGCACAAGAGCAAAGACGAGAAAAGCACAGGAGGUAGACAGUGAAGCUAAGGAGGAUGUGUUGGUGAAGAAAAUCACCGAGGCCGUGUUGGAAGCAAUCGAUGAAAGGAACAAAGCCACUGCUACCCAAGGGGGAGGUGCUUCUGAUAGUGACGGUGAGUCCGACUCAGAGAUUACCUUUAAGGAUAUUGAGGGGUCAGAUGAUGAAUAUGCCUCAAGUGAGGCAAUUGAUACUUCUACUUGGUCAACUCCUAUUUCGGCAAUGAUUCCACAAAAGCUUAAGCAAAAGAUAUGGGAAGAUCAGUAUAUUGAUCUUGCAGCUCUUCUCCCUAACAAUUUAAUCCCUUGCACCGAAAAUAAUGACUACACAUUUAAAAUAGGGGAGAACACUAACCUCUCGGUAGUACCCAAAAGGGCAAAACAAACAAUUAAGACCAUAUUCCAGUGGACAACAGCAUGGCUGCAGAACAGAGCUGCAAAUGUGCUUCAGGUACAUGUACAUACGAACUGA